AUGGCGGGCUGCGCGGCGGGACGGCCGUCAGGGGCCGCGCUGCUGAUGGCGGUAGUGGUGCUGACGGCGGCCGAGCGGGAGCUGCGCUUCAAGGCUCCGCCGCCCGCCGAGGCGCCUGUGCGGCUGUUCACCGAGCCCGAGCUGGCCAGAUACGACGGGCAGCAGGAAGGACAGCCCAUUUACCUAGCAGUGAAGGGGGUAGUGUUUGAUGUCACCUCUGGAAAAGAAUUUUAUGGAAAAGGAGCCCCAUACAAUGCUUUGGUUGGGAAAGAUUCAACAAGAGGAGUUGCAAAGAUGUCUCUGGAUCCAGCAGAUCUUACUCAUGACAUAACAGGACUCACGGAAGAGGAACUAAAGUCACUGGAUGAUAUCUUCAAUAAUGUUUACAAAGCCAAAUAUCCAAUUGUUGGCUAUACUUCUCGAAGAAUUCUGAAUGAGGAUGGCAGCCCCAAUCUAGACUUUAAGCCUGAAGAUCAGCCACACUUCAACAUUAGAGAUGAAUUUUGAUAAAGCAUUUUUGUACCUGGAAAAUGCCCGGGGAGAAGCAUGAUAUAUUUCCUGAA